CAGCUUACUUAGUCAGUUGCCCAGAUGAGCAGUUGCAACUGCGUUGCAGUCGCUGGCACAAAUCGAGACUCGAAUCGGAACAAUCUAUAUAUAUAUAUCGGUAUAUAGAUUUUAAUCGGAAUUUAUAUAGGCAUCGCCAUGGCGUUGGAGGCGCUCGUCACGGCUUUGGCCUGCCUCAGCACCACCACAAAUGUGACGAGCAACUUGCCAGGAAAACAGUUUUCGGUGAUAAUGCGAAACUCCAUGGAGCCAUUUCUAGCUGCUGAAAAUAAUGCUGAUAGUUGUCCUGUAAGUACUUUGGGUGCCUUGGCAGCUCGCAUAGAAUACAUGACGGAUGAGCUGCAAUCUUUGAAAACCGAAUUAAAUGAGCUGCAGCAGCUUGUUGACGAAUACAAAAAUCAGGGCUCUGGAGUUCCCAUCUCAACCAGAUUACUCCGUCCACUGCCAGCCAAUGUGCCAUUGGCAGUUGCCACGCCCACCGAUGAUACGCCACGGAAUUGCUACGACGAGAAGCACGGACAGGUGAGGAUCAAAAUUGCUCCGGAUGAGGAGCCCUUUUUCGUGAACUGCGAUCAGAAAAUACGCGGCGGGGGCUGGAUAGUGAUCGCCUACAGGUUCGAUGGCAGCCAGGAGUUCAACAGGGGUUGGGAGGACUACAAGUCUGGCUUCGGGCCCAUCAACUCGGAGUUCUUCAUCGGAUUGGACAAGCUGCAUCGGCUGACGAAUAGCGAGCACCACGAGUUGCUCAUCAUAAUGAGGAACAAGAAGGGUGAGGAACGGUUCGCCCUCUACGAUCACUUCAGCAUUGGCAGCGAAUCGGAGAAGUACUUGCUAUAUGUCCUCGGAUCUUAUUCGGGGGAUGCGGGCGGGGAUGCACUGCGCUAUCAUGCGGGCAAGAAGUUCACCACCUAUGACCAGGACAACGACGACAACGGACAGAACUGCGCCAGGACUCAUGCAGGAGCCUGGUGGUACGGCAGGGAGUGUGUCAAGAGCAACCUCUUCGGGACCUUCCAGUCGAAGUACGGCCAUGAGAUUGGCUACUACAAGGGCAUCCUGUGGGAGCCGUUCGUGCCAGGACCCAACGGUUCGCUCAGCUACGUCCGCAUGCUCAUCCGACCGCUCAAGAAGUCGUAACAGGAACCUUGGGAAAUCCAAUCGCAAAGACUUCCUAGCCAUAGACUACAAUAAAUGUCGAUUGUUUAGUAAUUGAA